AUGAGGCCUUUUUUGUCGAACUCUUUAGAAAAUGGCUACGAGUUAUUUGAAAGUAUUCGUCUACGCCGACUUGCGAAUCCCCGAUUCGCUCAAUCAGUACUGCCUUAUUAUUCCUCUAGUCCUGGCGAAUCCCCCUCUGGUCCGCCGGCCGCUGAGGCGCCACUUUUCUUCACAAACAACAAGCUCUUCGUCUACGAUGGUCGUGUUCGUUUGCUACUGGGCACAUCUGGCUUUGUGCGCAGGGCGAGCCUCUCCCUAUUUAGUAGUGUCGAGAACCCGCGUUUUACGGCUGUGGCAAAGGCCGAUCAUCUCUACUUCGUCCCCUACACUUUUUCCCUUAUCUACGUUGCCGCCGGCGACCGAUUCAGCCUCCUUUCUUUGCAGACUCAACGUCGCGUUGACGAACACAUCGUGUUUGGGGACUCGUCGGGGGCGGCGUGUGACGUGACCCACAUGCAAGCUCUGCUCUCACCAUCAGGCGAUCGCUCGGGUCUGCUUGUGGGCCGAAGAAACGGUUUAGUCGAACUGUGGGACGAUCGGUGGCCCCGGAAGCCUGCUGUCACCUACCACGGCUCAGAUGCGGGCCUUGUCACUCCCUCUGCCUCCCCAGUUCCUCCGAAACCGGUUGUUGAUGUACCAUCACGCACGAUAGUAGCCUCGCCGCUGAUUGGCUGUCCGAAGAUCGGCGUGUGGCAGUUAAAAACAGGUAAGCUCCUCAACCUACUUGAGUACCCCGUGGAUGAAUUCGACGAUCCCGCUUUUGCGCCUCCUCCUCUGUUACUUCUGCGCUCGCAAUGGGGCUGGAAGCGCAACAGGCCGCCCCUUCGAGGCCCAACCCUGCUAUCGAUUGGGUUACGGUGUGCUGACUUUUUCUACUGA